AUGUCUCUGACGGCGGCGGAUGGAAUCAUCACGUCUGCAGCCUCGUACUCUUAUGAUGCUCACGCUCAGCAGAUCCGCUUCAGGAACUACAUGACCGUCUUCAACGAGUCCAUCUCUAUGGAUCUGCUGCUGCUCUUCCAACAGGGUGUGAUGUAUGAGAUCGAUUACUCGCGGCUGUCCUGUCAGAAGAAGGUUCUGGAGUCCUCGUUCCACCCCACGCGGGUCCCAGACGACGCCGUCUUCAUGGGUCAGGUGAUUCUGGGAACCAUGUCCGUUCCCGGUCUGGGUCUGCUGACCAACUCCUGGGUCGGAGAGAUUCCUGAGAUUCAGGCACAGUACAUGCUGACCUUCACGGAGUUCACGUGUCUGCCGGUCAGUGCGAUGGUCUUCACUCCUCAGACCGGAUGGAUCACCUUCAGCUUCUACAAUCAUCUGCUGGGCGUCCAGAAUCCUCAAGACUUCGUUCCUCCGUUCUUCUGUCCCACAGCGGCUCCGGAGGAACAUCUGCCCAAAACCAGCUUCCUGAAGGCCAUCCGUCCGUCUCAGUGAUUCUGACUGAUUCCUCAGCUGGACUUUACAUUGAAAUCAUGAGAAGCAGAUCUCUGUGGGUUUGCAGAAAUCUGACCG